AUGGCCAAUUCCCAAGAUGACCACGUCAAUCCCUCCCAAGGCUCGUCUUCCAAUGCCUUCAUUCCGCCCUCCAUUCACCCCUCCUCCCUCCUUUCAGGUCAAUCAUACUGCCACUAUUCUCCAUGUCCAGAGGAUAUAACAUCGUCGUUGAACGUCGAUUCCACCACGCCCAUACCUGACCCUUCCAUUCCAACUACACCAUGUGUCCUAGGCGUCGACGAAGCCGGCCGCGGCCCCGUCCUCGGCCCCAUGGUCUACAGCGCAUUCUACCUCCCAUUAUCCUUACACCAUUCGCUCCUAGCCGAAGAGCACCAUUUCAAUGAUAGUAAAGUCCUCACACCGGGCGUACGAUCAAAUUUAAUGCGUCUUCUCUGCACACCAGGCCAUUCGUUACAAAAGUCCUGCGGAUGGGCCGUGAAACUCCUCUCCGCGCGGGAUAUUUCCGCCGGAAUGCAGCGUCCAGGAGCGGGAAUGUACAACCUCAAUGCCCAGGCGAUGGACGCGACGGUAGAAAUCAUUCGCGGGGUUGUCGAGGAGCGUGGGGUUGACGUCAAGGAGGUUUACAUCGAUACCAUCGGCAAUCCGCAGAGUUACCAGAAGAAAUUGGAAAUGAUAUUUCCUUCACUGAAAAUCACCGUCGCGAAGAAAGCCGACUCGCUGUUUCCAUGCGUCAGCGCGGCUAGUGUCUGCGCAAAGGUUACGAGAGAUUCCGCCUUGGAUAUCUGCUAUGAAGCAUUGCAGAAAGAAAGGGUGGGAAAGGGCAUGGAACAUAUGAACGACGGAUGGGGCAGUGGGUAUCCAUCGGACUCUAAAUGCACGUCUUGGUUGAAAAAGGAGAUGCACCCGUUGUUUGGGUGGGGGAAUGAGUGUAGAUUCAGUUGGGGGACGGCAAAAGAGCUGUUGGAAGUGAAGGCUGGGCUUAAGGUGGAUUGGCCAGCGGACGAAGAUGAAGAGGCUACAAAAAUGACACAAUACUUUACCACUGCGUCGGCGGAGAGCAACGAUACGCAGGACGAGUUGCGAGAUUGGUAUGGUAGGAGGCCGAAAGAGAUAUUUUGA